UGCAUCCCUGCAUGAGGCUGUGGCUUCCUCGAGUCCAGGCCAUCUCCCUCUGCUUCUGAACACCACUCUCUCUACGAUUCUUCAAUUUCUUGAGCCAAUCUGCUAAAGAACAGCUGUUGAUCCGCCUUGGCUGUCCUACCGGCGCAACUACGAGCUGCUGCGAAGAUGCAUCUUAAAGGGAGCUGCCACUGCGGUGAAGUGCAGUUUGAGCUGGAUUCCAAGCAUCCCUACCCAUAUCAGCACUGUUACUGUUCAAUCUGCAGAAAAGUUGGCGGCGCUGGGUCUGCCGUAAACCUAGGUGGCGACGCCAAGACGCUGAAAGUCACCAGCGGGGAAGACAAGAUUACGAUUUACAAUGCCAAGAUUCGAGAUGAAGAGGCCAAAGUGGUGAAAGUGAGCGAGGCACAAAGAAGAUUCUGCAAGAUUUGCGGGAGCGCGCUCUGGUUGGACGACCCCCGGUGGCCGGAGCUGGUGCACCCAUUCGCAACCGCAAUCGACACCCCCUUGCCAAAGGCCCCCGAGAAGACGCACAUCAUGCUCGGGUCCAUAGCCCCAUGGAUCGACCUCGACCAUACUGCUUAUAACGACCAAAAGUUCGACAUCUAUCCAGAGGAGAGUAUCGCUCAAUGGCAUCAACGCCUCACCCUGGAGGAUCCUCAGUAGUCUGCCUUUUUUGGCAGGUGUUUCAUGUUUGAAACGUCAAAGGUGUUUAGAUAUCUUACGCUUGAGACGCUGUUGUGCGAGCUGCUGUUUGAGAGCACAGACACGCAGCAUUUUGGGCUACCUUUUAACAGCAAGCAGAAGUCAAUCACUUUGAAUUGAAAACGACAGAACGAACUAUCAUCGUUUGGCAUGCACGAGGUAUGUGGCGAUCUUGGCGCCGUUUCUAACUUUUGAAGAUUAGGGAGGAGAAUCGUAAAGCAAAGAUUAACGUGGCACACUGAUGCUCCAUGCAGUGAUCGCUCCAUCACUUGAUCGCUUAGCCUGCCGACUCCACCCGGAUCGAAUAAACGUAUAUAAAGCGUAGAUGGACGGUGUACGAAAAAGAUCGUUUGCUUACUAACGAUCCAUCUUUUAUGGUUGACCACGCCACACGUUUGAGCUGUUGCGUUGAAUAUUUGCC